CUCGUCACAUUCCCUGUGAAGAAGCAUACAACAUGCUCUUUGCAUCUCAAAACUCACAACUACAGCCCAACUUCGAAUCCCUGUAGGCCCUUUGUCGAAGUGGUUGCUGAAAGUCAUGGCUUCACCGCCGGGCUCACUGGACGCAGAUAUGGCGAGUCCCAUUCACACUUCAACCUCAGAUUACGAAGAGGAGAAUGAGCUUUCCCAAUUCACCUCACUCACGUCCACAAAACAGUUCUUCAAAUUUGAGCAGGGAAGGCGAUAUCAGGCGCUUCUGCAUGAUCGCUAUGGACUACCAAAUGAUGACAUGGAACAAAUGCGCGAAGGCAUAAAGCACCAGUUUCACAUCGACUAUAUACUGCACGGCAACCUCCAUGUUUCGCCCCUUGAAAACCCUCCUCAAAAAGUCGUCGACCUUGGCACAGGCGCCGGCUUCUGGGCUCAGGAUGUGGCCGAGAAGUAUCCUAGUGCCCACGUAAUAGGCGUCGAUCUGGCUCCCACGCAGCCGCUUUGGACGCCGCCAAACCUCCAAUUCUGCGUUGAGGAUCUAGAAGACGAGCAGCGACAAUGGGCGAACAUACACAGAGACGCAGACCUAUUCUUCAUCAGAUCUCUACUACAAACUGUCCGAUGUCCCCAACUGAUAGUAUUCCGAGCAUUCCAAAAUUUGCGACCAGGUGGUUGGAUUGAGUGUCAUGAAGUAAUAUCCGAAGCGUUCUCAAAGGAUGACACCGUGGGACCAGACCAUCCAAUGAACAGAUUUUUCGCCCUGUUCGCGGGAUCUUUUGCAGAUAGGUUUGGAUGGAAUCUCGACACGAGCCGCAACAUUCCCCAGCUACUUAAGGAUGCAGGGUUUGGCAACAUUCAGCUUCGCCGAAGGGAAGUACCCUUUGGACGCUGGCCAAACGACAAGCGAUUACGCGAGAUGGGCAUGUUCAACCAAAUCAUCGCCCAGGACAUGGCCACCACGCUCCUCGACCGCCCUGCCAUGCUGGGCAUAUCUGAAGAGAAAGCCACCGCCUUGGCCCAAGAUUUGUCAGAUGCGGCCAAUGACCCAGCUAUACAUGCCUACAUUGCGGGCGUUAGUGUGUGGGCGCAGAAGCCUAGCUGAGAUGUAAG